UUUUAAAACAUCUUCUGAUCUUCAAAAUUUAAAAAGCAUCUUUCAUUUAGUGGUUUUUUUUUUACUUCUUUUGCAUGGAGGGUUUCAGGAGAAAUGAGUCUUGGACUAGUUCAGAUGCCUCUUCCUCUGAGUCGUUGGCUCAUACGAUGUCACUCGGCUGGUUUGCUCAACAACAACUUCCAAGCUUGGAUUCUUUGAUGUCUGAAUCUACAUCUACAGAAUGGACAGAUGAGAAGCACAAUUUAUACCUUAAAUCCAUGGAAGCUUCAUUUGUUGACCAGUUAUAUGAUUCUAUGGAUUUUCUUCCAUGGAAAUCACAAAAGGAGAACUUUCCAGGAUCAAAAUUAUCAAGGCAAUCGCAUCGUACCUCUUCGGGCCAGUUUAAAGUUCUACGAGGUGGUAGCUGGAAUAAGAUAAAUUUCAAAAGAGCUGGAUUUCAAUCGAAUAAAAGAGAUCACUCUAGGUGUUUCAUGGCAAGUCCAUGGAUCCAGCACUUUAGAUCCGGAUCCAAGUCUCGAGUAUUCGCCUCGGGUAGCCAUCUUCAACAUAAUGCGCCACCCAAAGGUAAAACAAACAAUUCAAAUGUCGAAGAAAGCAAUUUUUGUAUAUGAUCAUGUCAUUUUCAAGACUCCACAAAUUGGUAAAAUUGAUGCUUGCAUUGGUA